AUGGCCGGUCACAAGCGCACCUCCGCCGCAAACAGCGCGCCAACGCCUCGAUCCGUGAAGCGCGCCAAGACCGAGACCGUGAUCGAGACGUUUGGCCCAGAUAUGCUACGGAACAUUCUCUCUUUUCUGCAGCCAAAGGACGCCCUCAACCUCUCGAGCGCCAGCGCGGCGCUGGAUGCCGCUAUGGACAAGUCGGUGUGGUGCUACGUCUUGCUAGAGCAGUGCGGUGUCGAGCCAACGCUGCUCAAGCCGCGCACGCAGCUUCGCAAGAAGGUUCUCGGUCUUAUCGAGAAGAAAUCGUGCCGCCACUGCGGCUAUUUUGGAAGAACGAAGCCGAGUCUCUACAGGAUCAAGGUCUUCAGCGAGCACCACGGCAAGCAACUGUGCGGAAGGUGCGUCCAACUGCCCAUGUACCAAGAGAUUGGGCGCUUGGCCGCGUGCCAAAGAUACAAACUCAAGUUCCGGCAGCUCGAGACGCUGCCCGUCCGUCAUGUCUCGACUGGGAAGAUGCACAACUUUCAGGAUGUGCUGGACCUAGUGGCGCGUGUGCGCCCGCUAGCCCCCCUUUUAUAA